AAAUGUAAAUAUCUUACCACUGACUUUGGAGAUGAGCUUGGUAGUUCAAUGUUUAUAUAUGGUUUUAUACCGAUUGCACAAUAUUUUAUGGCAAACCCUUUGGCUAAAUAUCAAUCAAUAUUUGACGAAAUGUGGAUUUAUGCGCGAGAUUUAUACGAAAAUCACGUAAAAACAUAUGACAGCAAUAAUUUGCGUGACUUUUGCGAUACAAUUAUCGCCGCUAAAUACGAGGCCAUUGCGGACAACAAGCCGUCGGCUAAAUAUCUAACGGAUGAGAAUCUGAUAACAACUAUGUGUGGACUCAUUAAUGCUGGUGUGGAGACAACUCAGGACACGGUAUUGUGGAUAUUGCUAUACAUAGCCUAUUACCCCGAUUAUCAACAAAAGUUACGCAACGAGAUUAGCCGUGAGAUCGGCGAUCGGGUGCCAGUGUUUGAGGACAAGUCACGGCUCAACUAUACGCUCGCGUUUAUGACCGAAAUAUUACGGCACAGAAAUCCGGCGCCGAUCGGAAACUUUCACCGAACAGUUGUCGACACACAUUUGGGUUAG